GGACAGUAACAUUAUGGUUUCCCUUCCAAGCAUUGACCUCUUGCUUUCCAAAAUUCAUUAAAUAGGAAGCAACUGUGCCUGCCUUUGCGCAAAUAAUUUCUAUUUGAUUCAGAAUUUCCAGGGCCUGAUCAAUGGUCUACUCAUGGUGUCUACUUGGUGCCGUGCAUCUUGUUCUUCUUUGGGGUCUAACCCCAAUAGCUGUCCUUGCCAUGCCACCUCCCCCACCGAUUCGAUGCAAUGAUUCUGGCUGCACCCUUUACAACUCCUAUGGUGCCUGGAAUGAUCGGAAGGCUUGUAAUGUUCCUAAUGUCUCGUAUCCUUCAUCUGAAGAAGAACUACGCUUGGCUGUGGCAUAUGCUAAUAGAAAUAAACUCAAGGUUAAAGUGGUUAGCGGAUUUUCACACACUAUACCCAAGUUGGCUUGUCCUGGUUCACAGUAUGAGAAUUCGAUGCUAAUAAGCACACUGAAUGAUAACUCUGGCAUUGAAAUUGACAUGGCUAAUUUAGCUGUCACAGCUGAUGCUGGAGUGGGUCUGCGUGAGCUGAUUGAUAGAGUUGAAGAAGCUGGAUUGAGCUUGGUGGCAGCUCCAUAUUGGGAGGGUGUGAGUGUGGGGGGACUUAUUAGCACAGGAGCACAUGGAAGCUCAUGGUGGGGAAAAGGUGGAGCUGUCCAUGAUCACGUCAUUGGCCUUAGUCUUGUAGUCCCUGCAAAGGAGUCUGAAGGGUAUGCAAAAAUUAUCAGAAUUGAAGCCCAAGAUCCUCUGCUUAAGGCAGCCAAAGUAUCUAUAGGAUUAUUGGGUGUCAUCUCCAAGGUGAAGUUGUCCCUGGAGCCUGCAUUCAAAAGAAGCAUAACAUACAAUUUCACAGAUGAUGCUCACAUAGAGGAUAUGUUCAUAGAUCAUGGGAAGAAAUAUGAAUUUGGCGAUAUUACUUGGUACCCAUCAAGGAAAACAGCAGUCUAUAGAUAUGAUUUCAGAGUUCCUCUCACUGCCUCCGGUAAUGGAGAAUUCGACUUUCUUGGAUUUCAAUCAAAUUCUAUUGUGGUAUCACAAUCAACUAGAGCAGCAGAGAAAUCGUUGGAGAAAGCAAAUAAUGUGAAUGGAAAGUGCUUAUUGGCAAUUUCUUUUGUGGGGUUUAAGAAGUUGAUAGCCAAUGGAUUGAAGAAUGGCCUAAUCUUUACUGGCUAUCCAGUAGUGGGUCAUCAGGGGAAAAUGCAGUCUUCAGGUUCUUGUUUAUAUUCCCCUGCAACAAGAAUCGAUACCUCUUGUGCUUGGGAUCCAAGAAUUAAAGGGCUCUUCUUUUACGAAACAACUGCAAUAUUUCCUGCUUCAAAGUUUGGAGAUUUUAUCAAAGAUGUUAAAGAAUUGAGAGACCUUCAACCAGAAAAUUUUUGUGGGGUUGAUAUCUACAAUGGGUUCCUGAUACGAUUCAUCAAGGCUUCUCAAGCAUAUCUUGGUCAAUCUGAGGACUCUGUGGUUCUUGAUUUUAACUAUUAUCGAGCUGAUGAUCCUUCAACUCCAAGAUUAAACCAAGACAUUUGGGAAGAAGUAGAGCAAAUGGCAUUCUUCAAAUAUGGGGCUAAACCUCAUUGGGCUAAGAAUAGGAACCUGGCAUUCUUGGAUGUGCAGAGCAAGUAUCCUAAUUUUAGCAAGUUCCUUGCAGCAAAGAAGAUAUUAGACCCUCAAAACAUGUUUUCUAGUGAAUUGUCAGAUGAGAUAUUCAUGUUAAGAAAAGAAGCUGUGAAAGGCGAUGGCUGUGCCCUGGAGGGGCAAUGUAUAUGUUCAGAAGACAAGCACUGCAGCCCAAAAAAUGGGUAUUUUUGCAGACCAGGUCUUGUAUACAAAGAAGCAAGGGUCUGCAGGUAUUCAUCGUCCUCAAGGACCUCAACUACAUUAAACAUUCUCAAAAGAGUGAUCAAUUAAAUUCCUCGGUCACAGUUGAUCUACAUAGUAGCUUAAUAGUCUGAGUGUUUAUCAGGUAAAACAGGAGGUGUAGAACCUUUUUCUUUAUUUGUCAUAUGUGUGAGACUAAGAAAUUUUAAUUUCUUACGCGUAUUUCAUUCUUUCA